GCGAGUAACGAGAUUCCGCAUUACGUCAUCUAGCAAAGGCCACCCGUGUGCGUGUGCGCGCUUUGUAAAGCGCGAACAUUCCCGACUACACAAGCGAGUACGACGAGAGGGGGACGGCCGCUUCUAACGAUGCGUCGCCCGGUCACGAAGGAAGCCUGAUAGCGGGCUGCAGGACACGGUCGGCUGUGUUGGUCGUCGUGGGAUUCCCGGGUGGGGGGGACGAUGUGGCGUGACAUGCCUCGGAAUACACUGUGAAUGAUUGAAGACUGCGGGUGGAGUGGCGUCAACAUGGCAGACAGGAGGCAACUGCUCGUCGAGAUGAGGGCUCAGGAUUUGGACUCCAUUCGACUGUCGACAUACAGGACAGCCUGCAAACUGAGAUUUGUGCAGAAGAAAUGCAACUUGCAUUUGAUCGACAUCUGGAACGUCAUCGAGGCCUUCCGAGAAAACGGUCUCAACACCGAGGAGCUCGAGGCCGAGCUUCCCGUGGCCCGCCUGGAAGUGGUGCUGUCCACCAUACUGUACCAGCUGAACAAGCGCAUGCCCACCACGCACCAGAUCAACGUGGAGCACUCCAUCAGCCUGCUGCUCAACUUCCUGCUGGCAGCUUAUGACCCAGAUGGCCACGGCAAAAUAUCUGUCUUUGUUGUGAAGAUGGUCCUAGCAACCUUCUGCGGAGGGAAAAUUCUGGAUAAAUUAAGAUAUAUUUUUUCAUUAAUAUCCGAUCCGGCGGGAAUCAUGCUGUAUGCGCAGUUUGACCAAUUCCUGAGGGAGAUUCUCAAGCUGCCCAUGGCUGUCUUUGAAGGGCCAUCGUUUGGCUACACGGAGCAAGCGGCCAAGAGCUGCUUCAUGCAUCAGAAAAAGGUCUCCCUCAACAUUUUCCUGGACUCGUUGAUGUCAGACCCGGCUCCUCAGUGUCUGGUGUGGUUACCCCUCAUGCACCGGCUUGCCAAUGUGGAGAACGUCUUUCACCCGGUCGAGUGCUCCUACUGCCACACUGAGAGUAUGAUGGGCUUCCGCUACCGCUGCCAGCAAUGUCAUAAUUACCAGCUCUGUCAGGACUGCUUCUGGAGGGGGCAUGCCAGCGGUCCCCAUAGCAACCAGCAUCAAAUGAAGGAGUAUACAUCAUGGAAAUCCCCGGCCAAGAAGCUGUCUCAUGCCCUCAGCAAGUCCCUGAGCUGUGCAUCCAGCAGAGAGCCUCUUCAUCCCAUGUUCCCCGACAUGCCGGAGAAACCUCUCAACCUCGCCCAUAUUGUAGACACGUGGCCGCCAAGACCAAUGAACGUCCCCAGUGAAUAUUCGUUUUCCAAUUCAAUGCCAACAUCAGGGAACCCGUACUCCACCAAAAAUUUGCCUUACAGCAGGAGUCAUGAUAUCGCUCAACAUCUGUUGAGAGGCAGAGGGUUACACUGCAACCUGGAUGCAGUUGACAGACUCGCGGACGAGCACAUUCUCAUUGGCCUUUAUGUGAAACUGCUUCAAAACAACCCCAAAACAUGCUUAUUGGAGAGCAGCAACCAUCAAGACGAGGAGCACAGCCUCAUUGCCCGCUACGCUGCUCGCCUGGCUGCAGAUGCUGCAGCUCAACAGCAGCAGCACAGAGUCCCCGCAGACAUGCCGUCUUCUCUCGAUGCCAACAAACAGCAGAGGCAGCUCAUCGCCGAGCUGGAGAGUAAAAACAAAGAAAUCUUGCAGGAAAUCCAACGACUGCGCCUCCAGCAUGAGGAGGCCUCGCAGCCGCCGCCUGACAGGGGUCAGCAGAACCCAACACUGCUGGCUGAGUUACGACUUCUCAGGCAACGCAAAGAUGAGCUUGAGCAGAGAAUGUCGAGUCUGCAGGAGAGUCGCAGGGAGCUCAUGGUGCAGCUGGAGCAGCUAAUGAUGCUUCUCAAGACUCAGGGUCCCGGCUCUCCACGCUCGUCCCCCAGUCACACCGUCAGCAGGCCCGUUCCCGUGCCCAUCCACUCUGACUCAGUCGGCACCACCCCGACUCACACACCUCAGGACUCUCUCAUGGGUGUGGGAGGCGAUGUUCAGGAUGCCUUUGCUCAGGGUCCCAGGAGAAAUUUGAGAAACGACCUCCUCAUCGCUGCUGACUCCAUCACCAACACAAUGUCAUCGCUGGUCAAAGAGUUGAAUUCAGAGGGUGGAAGCGAGACUGAGAGCACUGUGGAUUCCGACCUCGGCCGCGGCGACACGUUUGCAGCAACAGCAACAACCUCAGAUCCCUUCCUCAGUUUCAAGCCCAGGAUCGCCUCUGCAGAACACGAGGACAUACAUUACGGGAACGACCUGGAGCGCCAACUGGAGGACGAGCUCAAGUUUGAGGAGCUCAUGAAGCACAGGCAGGACCCGGACAAAGCCUGCAUGAUGACACUGCAGCAGUGACGGCGUGGAUCCUAGACACUGGGCAAGCAAUAUCAAAAGCAACAAUAAGUGACAACACUGGACGCAACGACACUGGCCUGGAUUCUAUAGCAUAGAAUAUACAUUUGUGUAAAGAAUCUAUAUAUUUUUAACCAACCUCAUGGUUAAGGUGAAACUGUGAGCCAAUGAAUAAAUCAAGAGAUUAAUAAUCA